AUGUCAACAUUGCAAAAUUUUUUCAUUUCUAUUGUUGUCCGAUACACGCCAUCAUUCAAAACGAUCCAAAAAUUAACAAUGGUAUCGAAAAAGUGUGGCGAGGUUGUUUUGUUUAUGAAAGUAAACCCAUUUGCACUGAGUAGACAAAAGGCAAACGAUCCGUUUGACCAGUUCAAAAAGGCAGAGGAAUUUAAAAAAGAGGUCGAAUUGUAUCAGAAUCUUCAAACGGUCAGAGUCUCUGGAAGACUUUUAUCCUCCUGCAAAAACAUUCUGGAGAAAUAUGACAACAUCUUUUUAACAGACUCAUUUUCAGACCAGUUUUCAAGCUGCUUUUGGGUCUUAAAUAAAAUUGUCGAGCUGAAUGUUUUUGUAAGAGAGGAAUGCUUUGACGUCUCGAGGUGUAAAUUUCUGAGGGUUUGUCGUAUUGAGUUUCAAAAUGUGUCUUGCUGGGAAAACUGCUUUUCUGACGUUGGUCAAAAGUUGAAACUCCUACGCAUUAAGUUUUCUCCAAAUAGCGCCGAUUUCCAGUUUUUGGAAAAGCUCAAGCAGUACGAGAGGUUUGAAAAGAUCAUAUUGCAGGUGUUGGGAGGCGAUAUGUAUUACAAAGAGCUUCUUUCACAAUUAAAUGUUAUUAAGAAAGAGAUCCAUCAAAACGAUGAGAAGAAUGUUAUUCCCAAACGUGAAGUGGUUGUUUCCUGUGACUGUUUUUGCGACACAACAGUGACACUUAUUCCUUUUGAACGGCGGUGGGUUCUUUUUGAUGUGAGUCAACAUGGGUUUGAUGUUUUGUUGAAACAAAUGUUUCCUGUCAGUGUCUUUUUGUACAAUUCAGACAACUCAAAAACAAGAGUUAAUUUGUCGUCUCUAGAUUUUUUAGAGCAAGUUGUUUGCAAUCAAAAUUCCAUAGAAAUUGAUUUCCCACAACAUUUAUGUCCUUUGAAAAACUCGCCUUUCAAUGCCAUUCGUUCUGACACCGACUUCUCAUUGUAUCAAUCUCAUCAUCCCGGGAUUGUCGUGAUUGAUGAAAAGAAAAAAACGAAAUCACCAAAAUUCGAAAAAGUUUCUAUCAAAACCAAAACGAUUCUUGUCAAAAACAAAAACAUCGACGUUCAAAAAAAUUCAGUUGUUGAAUCUUUGAGUUUAAUCAAUUCUCAAUUAAAGUCCGUAAAUGUUCCUUCCUUAAAAGAGAUCAUUUCUGACACUCAACUCCCCUCUCUAAAAACCGCAAAAUUUACAGAUCUAGUUGUCAAAAACUUCCAUAAUUUUUCAUCUCAUGAUUUAGAGUGCCACACCACUUUGAAACAUUUACAGAUUGAAAACGUCAAAGUUGACUUUUUGCAGUUCCAUCCGAUAAAAACAUUAGAAAGUGUGACACUUCAAAACGUAGAAUGUGAAUUACUUACUCUUCCCAAAACCACUCACUUUUUGACUUUAGUGAGAUUUCACAAUCACAACUCUAAAAUUGACUUAGAAGAUUGUGAUCUCGACACACUCCAAAUUCAUUCCUGCAAGUCAGUCACCCUCAUUUUGGGAUCCGUCAACUCUUUAAUCACAUCAUUUUCCACUAUACACUUCUCGGACUUCCCCUUUCAAACAGUCAAAUCGUACCACUCGGACUUCCCCUUCGACAACUUCCAGAGACAAAACAAGGGGAUACUUCCCAUUGUAAAUUAA